ACAGGUUCAAGCUGUAGCUCGCAGUCCAUAGCAACGGUAUAUAUAUCUGGGAGAGAAUGGGGAAGCCUGCUGGGCGUGCUCAAUAUGGUGAGCGGUCUAAUGACUGCAGCAUUAUAUGUUGCACAAAAAUGACCACUCCAGCUGGGCAUUCUUAUGACCGAAUAUGGACUCCCAGUGGAUGCCUCCAGAGGUGCCCAGCGCAUUACCUCUAGGCAAAGCCAAUAUCUACCCCUUGGAUGAACCACAUGCCAUCAGUUGUUCGCUCCCAACAUGGGACUCGGUAUUCGGUGUCUGUCGACAAGAGGAGUGGGUGAUGAAACAUGUGGAAUGGAAUUAUCCCCGAUUUUACAUCAAUAAACCCCUUCGUGAAUUAUCCACGGCCGUUUUACAUCGACUCAAAAUCACCGAUGAAAACAUCACCUGUCUGCUGUUUGCCUCUCGCCCAGAUGCCCAACAAUGCAUCACAUCAUUUGACAGCAGCUCCCCAAACGAAACAUGCCAUUUCUUUAUACCCGAAUCGAGCCACUGGGCCAGUUUCUCGGCAGCUAUAUUUUCAACUGAUCUUAUCGAAGAAGCAAUGACUUUCUGGCGGAAUACCGGCUCGGGCUUAUCCAUGCGCCAUGCGACCUAUUGUCUGCAAGAAUUCGGCUACAUGGAGUCCGAUUCCUCGAAUUCAGAGUUUCAAACCAGCGCCCCUCAAAAACGGGCCCCAGACAGGACACCAGAUACUACAUGGAUACAUUCCGCAACAACUACCAUGCUCAAUCUAAAAUCAUUCAUCACACAGCUAGCCACUUCCAACAAAUCAGGACAACUCCCCGUGCCCCCCUCGGACGUAUUCCUAUUCCCCACAGGAAUGAACGCAAUCCACACCCUAUCCCAAACCCUCUCCUCACUAAACCCCACCCCCACAGCCAUCGCAUACGGCUGGCUUUACCCCGAAACCGUCGACGUCCUCCGCAGCACCUGGAAAACCAUCUCCUACAAAGCCGGCAAUUCCUCCGACCUCGAUGCCCUAGAAUCCCUCCUGGAAUCCGGACACCAGGUGCACGUUCUCUUCUGCGAACUACCCAGUAACGUCACGCUAUCAUGUCCUGAUAUCCAUCGGAUCCGGGAACUGGCGGAUCGAUAUGGGUUUAUUGUUGUUUGUGAUGAUACCGUGGCGGGGUUUGUUAAUAUCGAUGUACUCCCGUACGCGGAUGUCGUGGUGACUAGUUUGACGAAGGGGUUUAGUGGUAGUUCAAAUGUUACGGGUGGGAGCAUCGUAAUAAACCCCAACUCAACGCACCACGACUCAAUCCAUAACGCCCUCUCAAAAACCAACACAACCUGCUUCCCGGGCGACAUCCAAACGCUCCUAACCAACAGCGCUACGCUGUACCAGCGCACAGAAACAGCCAACGAAAACACCCUCGCCCUCCUCCCGCUGCUUACAACUCACCCGUCAAUAAAAACAGUAAACCACCCCUCCAUCCACCCAACAGCAGGGAUAUACAACUCCCUCCGCAAACCAACAGGCGGCUACACCAACACCCUAAGCAUAAUCUUCCACAACCCGCUCUCCGCAGAAUUAUUCUACAACGCGCUAAAUGUAUGCAAGGGCACGAGUUUCGGGACGAAUUUCACAAUCGCGGUUCCGUAUAUUGUGCUGGCGAAUUUCUACACCAGGGAGAAAGUCGCGGGGUAUGUGCCCGAUCAUGUUAUCAGGGUUAGUGUUGGGGUUGAGGAUGUUAAGGGUAUUAUGGGGAGGGUGAGGGAGGCGUUGGGGGUUGUUGAAGGGGUGGAAUUGGGAAUGGGAAUGGGUGGUGAUUAGGGGCUUGAUGAUGUACGAGGGUAGAUAUUUGGUUAUAAAGCUCUAAAGUGGGG